CGUGGGCCAGUCAGCGUUGCGACGACCGGACGGACGGACGCGCAGGUGUGUGCUCGCGCCUUCUCAGCCACAAAGCCUCGAACACGCGUGCGCAGCUGGACGCCGACCACUACAGACGCGGACGAGACGCUGCGUGUUUCCAGACCAGACAGUGCGACGCAGCAGGUUUUUUUUACACCACGAAUCAGCUGGUGUGUGAUCACGUGUUUGCUGAUCUUAUUUGCACGCGACGCAACCCUAUUUGUGAGAAGGGCACGUGCAAAACAAAGUCUAUUUCGGUGAUCGACUACGCAUCCGAGUUGGUGCUCGUGCCAGUGUGUUAGCAGUGUGUGCAUUCGGGAAGUGCGCCAGUGGUGGCUCGAUUCGCAAGUCUACUCAACCGGCAGUCCUUCUCCGAGAACUAUAAACUUCGCGGUCCUCUGAAGGCCACUGGUACGAGCUCAAGCGACGUUCAUACAAGCAAGUGUCCACAGUCAUGGCGCCUCGAGGACUUCGUCGAAGCAGCUUCAGUUUUCCCCUGGCCGCAGCCGUCGUCCUCUUUCUGGCCCUGUCCACGGCGCACCGCGUGGAGGCCAGGUCUGCUCACGUGGUAUCCCACGUGGCAUCCCACGUGGUGCACGAGCCGCUAGUCGCCGCGCGCCAGGCGGGUGCGCCGACAUCGGCCGCCGCGGACUCGCUGGCGCCGACCACGACCGAGCUGACCGAGGAAUUCGACGAUGACGACGACGGUGGCGCCGCCGUCGCGGUUGGAGCCAACGCCAGUGAAGGCGGCGCUGGCGGAGCCGCUGACGAUGCCGACGAGGAGGGCGAGGCCUCUCCUACGGAGGAAGGAGCUGCGUCGACGGACGAGCCUACCGCCGCGCCAACAAGACCGAGCCUAUCCAACGCCUACCCACCCGUUCGGGCCUCAACACCCAAGGUUGAAACUGAACUACCAGUGCUUACUAGUCCGAGCACCACGAGCUCCACGACUACAACUACAACCACUACGACGACGACAAGGCGUCCCACGACCACUACACCGACGACGACGACUACCACGAGGCGCGCGACUACCGCGGCGGCAGUGGCGCCCCCUGCCGCGGCACCGGCGAGACCCAGGCGGCCUCCGACGACCUACUCGGCGCCCACACAGUCCCGAUCGGACGACUCCGCGUGCCCGCGCCGUGAGGACAUCCACCCAUGCCAGUGCAUUGAACUGCCGAGCAAAAUCCCCGGUGACGUUGAGACUGUUGCCACGUGCAAGAACAUCCGUAACCACCAGGUGCUCAGCGAUGCCCUCAAGGGUUUCCAACAUUAUCGGAUCAACUUCUUCGUGCUCGACAGCUGCAAGCUGCCCCCCUUCCCCAACGGCCUCUUUCACAAUGUCGACGUUGAAUGGAUGGAGGUUCUUAACUCGACUGUGCAGUUCCAAAAAAACUUCUUCACUUGCUCCAAGGACUGCCUCUGAACUGUGUGCCGGUCAUCUACUUCCGUGGAGUGCUGAGUCACAAACAAUUUGCACCAGUGAACAAAGAGACUGUUUUGUUUAUGAACACUGGGACAGUGGCUUGCAAAGGCCUCGAAAGGAAGUGUGUAGAAAGUAUGGACCCCCAAAACCACAAGAAAACAAGCCGAUGUGUCGUGCUAUUGAGGUGCGAAGUGUAGUAGGUCACACGAAGAAGUGAUGCUUCCUGGAGAUCACGUUUAUUUUUCGAUGAAAAGCCAAUCAGUCAUAGCCAAUCGUUUUUUGUACAACAAGCUAUCAGGCCAGAAUGGUUUUUUGUUUCCCUCCAUAGGAUGUUCAGCACAUAUGCACAAAACUACUAUUUUCAUUUUAUUUCUAUAAAGGUAAAUAUAAAAAGAGACCUGUGCUGACAGCUAGGUUUUACUAUAAGUUUCUGGGACAGUUAGAACCUCGCAGUGCAAAUGUUCUUAAUUAUAGGGAUAAUACACAAUCGGCAGCAGGUAGCCAGCAGUGCCGUAAAUGCUCAUAAUGCAAAAUUCCCAAAACUGCGAGGCUUUUGAGUUUUAGAUGUUUUCUAAUGCCAAAUUUGGUUUCUUAGCUGUAGGUAUGUAUAUUUAAAGUGCAAACCGAGUGCAUGUGAAAUAACGUGCUGUCACUUAAACAAACAAUCAACUCUCGGCAUAAUGGCCAAGAAUAGAAAACUAAUACUUAUUAUGACAUGUCUUGGUAUGAUUACCCACGUCCUACAUCAGCUACAUACUUAAAGCUGUCGCAAAUGACACAUGUAUAUACUGCAAAUUCAGUGCUCCUAAUGUGGAAACUUGUGAUGCAUCUCCGUGCAAGGAGCCAUGUUGGAAGUGAUCAAAGAUGAUCACUGUCAUUGUAUUUUUUUCAUAGAUGGUUUUGUUUUUUGUGAGUUACCGGUUUUUAAGAUGUGGCGAGUUGGACGUUGUGUUAAAGACAACCAACUAAAACCGCUUACACAAAGACUGCGACAGUUAAAUUUUUUAUAAAACAUCAAGAGCCAAAGACUGGUUCAUUGGUGUAGCUCUCUGAAAAUUUACAGCAACAUCGAAAGAAUUUGUUUUUAACUGUGCACAACAUUUUUCUCAUCAGACUGCGAAAAAAAUGUUGCCUUUAUUUGCUCAGUAAGUACUUAAAUGCUUGAGGUAAUCUGUGCGGAAAAUUUUUACGAUAUUCACAUACACAAAUUCAGUGCUGUAAAUAGCUUUCUCUAUUCUCUGUUCAUCAUCACAGCAAAAUUAAGCUACACAUCUUGCAUUCCCAUGUACAAUUAAGUUCUGUUUUACAAGUUCUUGCCAAAUGACCUAUAUGUCUGAUCUACAAAUUGUUCUGCGAGCCAACCUCAAACGUGGAUAAUGCUCAACACCAUUUUUAUCUGCAAAUAAACAUUUUCCAGUGUACAGAUAUGAACUGAUUGAUGAAUAAAUUAUUCUUGUGUGCCAACACCCGUGCCUGGCACAUGGCGUACCAAUGAUCUGCUGCUUUUUUCAUAUUUUGUGCAUGUGCAUUUUUGAGCUCAAUCGAGUGGCAUUACAAUACUGUGCUCAAGAUAUUCAUUAAAGUUUUUUGUCCUUGUUAACAAACGUUUCCA